GUAACGUCGAGAACUUGCGGGAUAAAGUUUGUGGAAGAUCCAUCCAUGGAAAGAAGGAUGGCAGAGGCAGCAGUAGAAACACCUGCUGUGCGUUUCUUCUGCCAUAAAUGUAACCAAGAGAUUAGUCCUGUUCUACCAGAAUACACAUGUCCGAGGUGUCAAUCAGGAUUCAUCGAAGAAUUAGCUCAUGGUCCAAAUGAACCUGCAUUAGAUUCGGAUGAAGAUACGGAUCCAGCAGCCCAGUUCUCCGAGAUCUGGAACAACACUAUGAUGGACUUCCUCCGAAGGCUAGAACGUAGUGCGGGGGAAGACUCGCUAGUUGGAUUGAGAGCCGGGGCUCCGGAGAGCGCGUCGACCAGCGGUCAUCAAGCGACGUGGAGCACGCUAGCGGAACCCCUGCACACGCGCCAUCGAAUAGGCCGCGGCCGAGCAAGGCCUCGCGAAUCACGUGCUCCACACGUAGACCGACAUGCUAGGCAACCCAUAGAGGGCAUUAUUCACCAAAUAUUUGCCAACCUCACUGGCGGUGGAGGUUUUAUAGCUGGUCAAGGCCUUCCUGUGUUUGUGAAUCUGCAUGGAAAUCCAGGUGAUUAUGCUUGGGGAAGAGGGGGCCUGGAUGCAGUCAUCACACAGUUACUGAACCAACUAGACGGUACGGGUCCUCCACCGCUUCCUCGGGAGAAAAUAGCUGAAAUUCCUACAGUGCACAUUGAGCAAGACCAAGUGGACAAACUGCUGCAGUGUACAGUAUGCAUGGAAGACUUCAGGCCACAGGAACCAGUCAAGAAGUUGUCCUGUCAACAUCAUUUUCACCCUGACUGCAUCAUACCAUGGCUGGAGCUUCAUGGCACAUGUCCUAUCUGUCGGAAACUGCUCAACGAUGAAGCAUCUGAUGCUACCAUGGGAACGCCAUCAGCUGCUGGCAGCGCAAGUGUUAAUCCUGUCCCUACUGCUCCUGAGCUCGAGAGCAGUUCGUUGGGCUCGCUCUCAACAUUUCUGCAGGCACAAAGUGAUAGCUUACAUCCUUCGAGGACAAAUGCAGGGCGAACAUUUCUGGGUUCCCAGUCCCGUGCCAGGCACAACUCAGUGGCCGGAACCUCGUCCUCGCCUGCGCCCCGGCCGCAGAACCCACCCGCGAAUGAUUCUGUGUACGACUUCAGCGAGGACUGUGACUGACAAUACGUAUUCGUUUGCAACGCCAAAAAAAAAAGGAUGGCCGGAGCCGGUGCGUGUGCGGCUCCCGUACUCCACACACUUAUCCCCCCGUCCCUUUUUUCCUCCCCCUCCUUCCAGUGUUGCUCGCGGGGGCACGACAGAAACACAUCAUCCCACCACAGGAAAAAAUUGCAAAGGGAGGAGAGAGCAAGAAAGGGACCGGAGCCCAAUUCGAGGCUGCAAGUUCUGCGUUUCCUCAUUUGACGUUUCACCCGCUUUUUCGAGAAAUUCCGAGAGAGAAAAAAAAAAGGGAGAGGACAGUAUCUGGUCGUAGAGGGUGACGGAACAACGUGACGAAGGACAGAGUGGUGCGCGAAAAAAAAAAGAAAAGAAAAAAAAAGGGUCGACGUGUGCAAGACACGAACAGUGCGGGUCAUGUGUUGCCACAAAGCAUAAACUCUUCACCCUCUCUUUGUGAGGACAGGGUGCUGUGCUCGAGCAGGAGGAGUAUACCGUAUCUUCUGCGGGGAGGUGUGUACGAUACCCGUAUGUUCUGCAGGAGGAGUACGCCGUAUGAAUGGUUGUUUUUUGUUCCUCGGUGUUAAACAAAAAAAUGCUGUAGGAGGAAACGAAAUUGCAGACUGCUGUUGAGGUUUUUGUUGGAGCUUCACUACCGUUUCAUUUGUGCAAGAGUGAGAAUAAAAGGAACAAGCUUAC